AUGACGAUGACGACGACGAACGGUGUCAACGGCACGCACGGCCCGGCUCCCACUUCUGGCGCAGCCAAACUGAAGGCAAACCGCGCGAAGGCCAUCGUGGAUGCGGCGUACGCGGGCAAAUACGCCAUCCCCGCCGUGUGCUGCUACAAUCUGGAGGCGGUGCUGGCGACGGUACGGGCGGCGGAGGCGAAGCGGUCGCCGGCGCUGAUCCAGCUGUUCCCCUGGUCGAUCGAGUUCGCGGACGGCCUGUUGCUGCACGCGGCGGCUGAGGCAGCGGACAAGGCGACGGUGCCCAUCGGCGUGCACAUGGACCACGCGCAGUCACCAGAGGUGAUUCGGCGGUCGGCGGACCUGGGAGGCUACGACGGCAUCAUGGUGGACAUGAGCCACUACGACAAGAAGGACAACAUGCGCCUCAGCCGCGAGCUGGUCGAGUACUGCAACGCGCGCGGGAUCAUCACCGAGUGCGAGCCCGGCCGGAUCAACGGCAGCGAGGACGGCAUCGCGGACACCGAGGGCAUGGAGGAGAUCCUGACCACGCCCGAGCAGGCCGAGGAGUUCGUCGCUCUGGGCAUUGACUGGCUGGCCCCAGCCUUUGGCAACGUCCAUGGCCCCUACGGACCCAAGGGCCCCCUGCUCGACUUCCCUCGCCUCGAGCGCAUCCACAAGCAGGUCGGCGACCGCGUCCGCCUGGUCCUCCACGGCGCCCACGAAGACUACUUCGGCGAGGACCUCCUGCGCAAGUGCAUCUCCUAUGGCAUGGCCAAGGUCAACAUCAACGGGCCCGUCGCCGCUGCGUGGUUAAAGGUUCAGGGAGAGCUGACGGGCAAAGUGCCCAUCACAAAGAUCAUAGAGGAGCAGACGAACGCCAUGCAGGCCGUGGUAGAGUACCACAUGGACUGGUUGAUGUCCACGGGCAAGGCUUAGGUAGUAGCUGGGUUCUUACUUUGUGUCCAUCUCAAAAGAUAGAGCGGCCAA